AAUGUGUUUGAGGCGGACUGGUUUCGAGUCUGGAGCAUCAGAGCGGCUGUGGAUUGGGGACGGGCAGAGAAGUGAAAGUUUGAUCGGGUCGGACGUUGGCAGUUUGAGUUUCGGUUCGUUUGUGGAAGUGUUUUGUUGAUUUAAAAGAAGUGUGAUGUCUUGUCGUAGUUUUGCCUUCGUUAACUUUUAUGUUAGUUAGUGAGAUAUCCGAUAUCCGAUAGAACCGAGUAGGAGAACUAAUAAUUUUGUACAAUCUCGAAGAUGGAAAGUAAAAGCAACAAGAGCACACCAGCAAUGGAUCCAGGACUUUGGGCAAGCCCUGACCUGUUCGCUUGUCAUUCGCGUAGGAGAAGAGAGUUGACAAGCACUCCGCAUCUCAGCUCUUGGACAUUGUUGGAGAAUAGUGCAGGCUCGUCUAAGCAAGACAGUGGCUACUGCUCUCAGACCCCAGGUUCUGGGGAGUCUUCUAGGGCUCUGUGUUGCUCCCAUAGUACACCACAAUGCAGCUGCCAACCCAAUAAGUUUUACGGGUCUCAGUCAUCACCGCGUUUAGAUUUCCUGCAGAGUACCUCUGAAAGCAGAACUUCAUCUGCACGUCAGUUUCCUACCCGUAUCAGCAGACCUUUUGAUUUCUACGAUGAAACGAUGGAUACCUCUCUUUACCCGGAUGACAUGGAGGUGGAGGAGAAUGAAUCUACAGAAGGAAACCAGUUUGCCUUAAGUCUUUCAGAAAUUGGUGAAGAGAAAUCUAUUGACUUCGUUGAAAAUGGAGUUUGUCUUUCUUCGACUACUCCUGAAAAUAUCGAUAGGUCAAGAGAAGUGCAAACUGAUAAUACGGCACACGAGUCUGGAUUUGAGUCUGAAGAUUUUUUCAGUCCUGAGACAGAGGUGUUAGGUUUCAACACAGUGAGCUCUAAAGUAAAAGUCGGAGAUACACCUCGUAAAAAUGAUUGUAAUUUUCGUAAUGUCACCAAGAAGAUAACCACUCUUAAUUGGAUUGUCAAAUCUUUCUCCAUGAACGGUGUUGACCGGUUGGAUUUCUUGUACCAGUUAGGAGUAAAACGCCACUUUCCCCAUAUUGUUAGUAAAAUUUUAAGUUUUCUAUCUGAAAAAGAUUUGGAUUCUGUUCAUAACGUUUCAAAAACGUGGAGAGAGAUCAUGGUCAAAGACACUCCAGCCCAUAAUCGAUGGACACUCUACUCAGCUACCAUGCAGUUGAGAAGGGAGAACUUAACAUCACCAACAAAGCUUGGUAGCUCAAGGAGGCCUGCGCCCUUCAGUCCUCUACACAAUCUAAACAACCAGAUAAACGUUCUUGGUAGGAAUAGCAAUGGAAACAGGAGAAGUCCUCGCCAUAGUCCUACAGUCAGUCCUGAGAGUGCCAGAUUUCGUUCUUUCCAGAGGGCAGCCAGGUCUUUGAAGCAGGGAGAGCGAUUGCUUCAUUGUCCUCGGUGUCACUUCCCGUCACACGACCACGGUAGCCCAACCAUCAUGUGUUCCCGUUCUGGCUGCCGGCACCGGUUCUGCGUGUGGUGUCGUAAUGAGGUGGUGACUGGUAAACGACACGACUGUCCUCCCCUGUACACACCACAGUUACGCCGUACAGCACACAAACUGCCACCUAUCGGUAGUAAAAGCUGCAAGCGUAACUUACGUCGUCUGUGAUCACAUAAACAUCACUGCCAUCAUGGACAACAACCCGGCUCAAGUCAUGUUCCUUCUAAUUUUUUUAUUCAAUCAUUAUAUUUUAAUUGUUAUGGCCAAUUUUGUCAUUUAUGCUCUCUUCUUUAAUGUUAUUCAUUGAACGUUUGUCAUUUUCUUUUUUUCAGUUUUUCAGUUCCUACAUAAUACUUGCCCUAUUUUUUGUUGUCCUUAUUAUAUACAUAAUAUUACUAAAGUAUUAACACGUCUAUAAUUCUGUUAUUCAUAAUAAAACUACUUCUUUAAUUUGCCAUAACCUCAAUAACUAAAAGUUGAGUGUGUUAUAAAAUGUAAUUAUUUCUAUUGUAUUAUAUAUUUUUAGGUAUGAAUCUUUGAACAAAUAGUGUUUUAGUUGAUGUUAGCGAAUAUUUUUUGUCUGUGAUGUAAGAAGUUAUCAAAAAGAAAUGUACAAUCAAUGGUUUAUAUUAAUUUAGGCUAUGUGACCUUUCUGUGUAAUAAAUGUAAAUAAAAUAUUUUGUAAAAUUCUUCUUUAAUUAUUUUACAAAGCUGUUAACAAUGUAUUAUAAUUGUAAGAGUAGAAAUUUAUAUCAUAAUUUCAGACAGCAUUUUUACUACAUCUGCUAACCUAGUCCAAAAGCAAACCUCAUAAAAGUAUUUUGCAAGCAAUGGCAAGUAUUUACAGCAUUUAAAAUGUUAGCAUGAUAUGUUCUCUAUGUUUUGUCUGUAUUUUAUGUAUAACAUAAUAUUAGAAUUAAUUUCAUCAUUACAGUUUUAAAUUUUACAAAAUUAAACAAGUAAUUGAAGAAAAGCGGGAACACAGUAAUGUACAAUAAUAGUCUGUUUAAAUAAUAUGUGUUUAGUUAUAAUAUUCUACAUAAUUUAAUCAUUACAUCCGUUGUACCUGAUAAAUUUUAUGAAAGUAAUGUAAAAUAUUAAGAUGAUAGUAGAUAGUUAGUUGUAAGUUUGAAUUUCGUAUUUUGGGAGGAGGAAAUUGUGGUGAAACAAAAGUCUGAAUAAGCUUAAAAGUCAAUGAACGUAAUUUACCCUAAAGUUUAUUUGAAUUGAACACCACAAAAAUACGAUUUCUCUCAGAGUGUUGUAAAUUUUGUAAGUAGAUUAGACUUUUUAAAUGAAGUUAUAUUUAUUAAAUGUAUUUUAUAAAAAAACAA